GCGCACGACCGCCAACUGGGCGAGGUGCGGCUGCAGCUCGACACCGAGCAGCGGCGCUGCCGGGACCUCCAGGGGGAGCACGCGGAGCUGCUGCGUGAGGUGCAGGCGGCCCGGCGGCUGGCAGGAGAGGUCGAAAACCUCCAGGCGCGGGCGCGCGAGAGGGAGCUGGAGUCCGCGAGGCAGGAGAAUGCCGCCGCGCGCUACAGCGAGGAGGCCCGGUCGGCGGGCCGGCGCGUCGAGGCGCUGAGGGAGGAGCGCGCGGACCUCGAGGAGCGGCUGCACCAGGGCCGCGCGGAGGCCCUGGCGGAGGAGGAGCUGCUGCGGGCGCAG